AUGGAGGAAAGAUGUCAAAAUCUUCCACAAGAGUCGGGCUCUCCAGAAGACAUCCCGAAAGCAGCCUCUGAUGCUCCAAAUGAUGCUCAAUCUCUUCCACAAGAACCUACUAUUGCUGACCAAAAUGGCAAAGAUCAUCCUCGAGAUCCCAAAGGCAGUGCUAGUGGAACGAAAGAUGCUCAUGGCAACGAAAUCGAAGAAGAGGAUGAAGAAGAAAAUGAAGACGAGAACAAUGAUGAUGAAACAGAAGACAACAACAGUGGUACUGAUGAUACUGAUGAUGAUGAUAAUGAUGAUAACAAUAAUCAACAAGGAGGAGAAGGUGCUGAAGAAGAAGAACCAGAAGAUAGCCACACUAUCUUGGUCGAAACGGACUAUGCUAACUGUCCACAAAGACCACCUCUCUUGAAAAUUCCAUCUGAAGACGAAGACUUGGAUGAAGCAUCCAGUAAAAAUCCAGUUCACUCGUCUCGUGCUAUCAUUCCGCAUCUGAACGAAUCUGUACAACAACAACAUAAUCUUCCAGCUCAUGAGGACAGAAAGGAAGCCUCACCUGAACAUGACCACUCGAUGCAUG